UGGGUCCCAGCGAGGGCCAAACCGGGCGGUGGGAGGAGGUCAGGAUGGUGGGGGAACAAUGCGCCAGGGACCUCAUGGUGCCCUUAGGGUCCCAGCUGCAAGCAUUUCCCGAAGAACUUCUUCGACAGCGGCUUGGGCACGAUGGACGUCCUGAAUAUCUGAUCCGAUGGAGUGUCCUGAAGUGUGGGGAAGUGGGCAGAGUGGGUGUGAACUCUGAGGACAAGGCAGAGCAUAUCCUCAUGUGGCUGUCAGCUCCUGAAGUCUAUGCCAACUGCCCCAUGCUGUUAGGUGAGCGGGCACUAUCUAAGAGGCCUCAGCACGAACCAGUUGUGGGUUCAGGAAGCUUUCCCCGAGACCCAAGAGGCCUUGAUGAAGUGGCAAUGGGAGAGAUGGAGGCGGAUGUCCGGGCACUGGUACACAGGGCUGCUCGGCAGCUGGCAGAAGGUGGGGUCUCGAGCCUUACCACCUCUGUGCUCCACACCAUCCACGUGCUGAGUGCCUAUGCCAGCAUUGGACCCCUCACUGGGGUCUUCAGGGAGACAGGUGCCCUGGACCUGCUCAUGCAGAUGUUAUGCAACCCUGAGCCUCAGAUCCGUCGGAGUGCUGGCAAGAUGCUGCAGGCUCUGGCAGCCCACGAUGCUGGGAGUCGGGCCCAUGUCCUUCUGUCGCUGAGCCAGCAGGAUGGCAUUGAGCAGCACAUGGACUUUGACAGUCGCUAUACUUUGCUGGAGCUGUUUGCAGAGACUACAUCCUCUGAAGAACAUUGCAUGGCCUUUGAGGGCAUUCAUCUGCCUCAGAUUCCAGGAAAGCUGCUCUUCUCCCUGGUGAAGCGCUACCUAUGUGUCACUUCCCUGCUGGAUCAGCUGAAUAAUAGUCCAGAGCCAGGGGCCGGAGACUGUGGCUUCCACUCCACCACCAGAGAGGAGUUCAGCGGGGAGAAAAGCCGGGGGCAGCGGGAGCUGGAGUUCAGUAUGGCUGUGGGCAACCUCAUCUCAGAGCUGGUGCGGAGCAUGGGCUGGGCCCGGAACCUCAGUGAACACGGCACGUCGCCACCCCGGCCAACCCGAUCCAUUUUUCAGCCCAGCAUUACGGGCUCCAACCUUUUACUCCCCACCAUUGUCACCACUGCUAGAAGGCAAGGGCGGGCUUUCCGCCAGCGUUCUGAGUUCUCAAGCCGUAGUGGCUAUGGUGAGUAUGUGCAGCAGACGUUGAAGCUGGGGAUGCGAGUGCGCAUGCUGGACGAUUACGAGGAGAUCAGUGCCAGGGACGAGGGUGAGUUCCGGCAGAGCAACAGCGGCGUGCCCCCUGUGCAGGUCUUCUGGCAGUCGACGGGCCGCACCUACUGGGUGCACUGGCAUAUGUUGGAGAUCCUGGGUCCUGAGGAAGCUGCUGAAGAUAAGCCUUCAGCAGCUGUGGAGAAGGGGGCAGGGGCAACUAUGUUGGGCACAGCAGUUCCCUCCUGGGACUGGAACCCUAUGGAUGGGCUCUACUCUCUGCCAUACCUCCAGCCUGAGCCUCGGAAGAAUGAGGAAUUGGGAUACCUGACCCAGGCUGAGUGGUGGGAGCUGCUGUUCUUCAUCAAAAAGUUGGACAUAUGUGAGCAGCAGCCAAUUUUCCAGAAUCUUCAGGAGAAUCUGGAUGAGACCCUGGGUGAAAAGCCCCUAGGGGAGAUCUCCGUAUCCAUAGAGAAGGCUGAGGGCCUGCUGCAGGUUCUCCGUAAUCGCUUUGAGGGCAGCCUCCUCAGUGAUCUGCUCAACUCCCAGAUCUACACCAAGUAUGGGCUGCUACCUGAGGAACUAAGCAGCUUGUCAUCUUCCCGAAGUCACUCCUGUACUCCAGAUCCAGAAGAGUUCAAGUCAGAGGCCAACUUCUCAGAGGAAGAGUCUGAGUCCCCCAAAGCAAAGGCUGAGCCCCCUGAGGCAGAGGCUGAACCCACCCAGGUGAAAGCUGAGCUUCCCAUGGCACAGAGUGAUUCACAACUGUUUAACCAGCUUCUGGUGACUGAGGGAAUGGAUCUGCCCCCCGAGAUGAAGGAGGCAGCCACUGAAAUGGCUAGAGCCUUGCGGGGUCCUGGUCCGCGAAGUUCCCUGGAUCAGCAUGUGGCAGCGGUCGUGGCCACUGUGCAGAUAUCCAGCUUGGACACAAACCUGCAGCUUUCAGGGCUCUAUGCCCUCUCUCAGGCUGUGGAAGAGGUCACUGAGCGGGACCACCCUUUGGUCCAUCCUGACAGAUCCCUGAGAGAGAAGCUGGUGAAGACACUGGUGGAGCUGCUGACCAACCAGGUGGGAGAGAAGAUGGUGGUGGUGCUGGCCCUACGUCUCCUUUACUUGCUCAUGACCAAGCACGAAUGGCGCCCCCUCUUUGCCAGGGAGGGUGGCAUCUAUGCUGUGCUGGUUUGCAUGCAAGAAUAUAAGACCUCCGUCUUGGUGCAGCAGGCAGGGCUGGCGGCAUUGAAGAUGCUGGCUAUUGCUGGCUCCUCUGAGAUCCCCACUUUUGUUACUGGCCGAGAUUCUGUCCACCCUUUGUUUGAUGCCCAGAUGACCAGAGAGAUCUUCGCCAGCAUCGACUCAGCCACACGCCCGGGCUCAGAGAGCCUGCUCCUUACUCUCCCUGCAGCUGUGAUCCUGAUGCUGAACACUGAGGGGUGUUCCUCUGCAGUGAGAAACGGCCUGCUCCUGCUUAACCUGCUGUUGUGCAACCACCACACUCUGGGAGACCAGAUUAUAACCCGAGAGCUGAGAGACACCUUGUUUAGGCACUCAGGAUUAGCACCGGGGACAGAACCCAUGCCCACCACACGCACGAUCCUCAUGAUGCUUCUCAAUCGCUACUCAGAGCCGCCGGGCAGUCCUGAACACACAGGACUGGAAACCCCUGGCUCCCAGGGCCAGGGUGGGCCCCCUGAGCUACUGAUUCGAUCCAUAGUGGGGGGCCCAUCUGCAGAACUACUUCUGGACUUGGAACGUGUAUUGUGCCGGGAGGGUGGCCCAGGGGGCGCAGUGAAGCCCCUCCUCAAGCGCCUCCAGCAGGAGACGCAGCCCUUCCUCCUGUUGUUGCGGACUCUGGAUUCCCCAGGGCCCAACAAAACUUUGCUGCUGACUAUGCUGAGGGUCAUGACCCGGCUACUGGACUUCCCUGAGGCAAUGGUGCUCCCCUGGCAUGAGGUCUUAGAGCCCUGCCUCAACUGCCUGAGUGGCCCUAGCAGUGACUCUGAGAUUGUUCAGGAGCUGGUCUCCUUCCUCCAUCGCCUGGCCUCCACGCACAAGGACUAUGCUGUGGUGCUCUGCUGUCUGGGAGCAAAAGAGGCCCUUUCCAAAGUCCUGGAGAAGCACUCGACUCAGCUGCUGCUGGGGUGUGAGCUUCGGGACCUGGUGACAGAGUGUGAGAAGCAUGCCCAGCUCUACAGUAAGCUCACCUCCAGCAUCCUGGCUGGCUGCAUUCAGAUGGUGCUGGGUCAGAUUGAAGAUCACAGACGAACCCACCAACCCAUCAAUAUUCCCUUCUUUGACUUGUUCCUGAGGCACCUCUGCCAGGGCUCCACUGUGGAGGUGAAGGAGGACAAGUGCUGGGAGAAGGUUGAGGUGUCUUCCAACCCGCACCGGGCCAGCAGGCUGACAGACCGCAAUCCCAAGACCUACUGGGAGUCCAAUGGCAGCGCCGGCUCCCAUGCCAUCACCCUGCACAUGCACCGUGGUGUUCUUGUUAGGCAGCUGACUCUGCUGGUGGCCAGUGAGGACUCAAGUUACAUGCCAGCCAGGGUGGUGGUGCUUGGGGGUGACAGUGCCAGCUGCAUCAGCACUGAGCUCAACAUGGUGAAUGUGUUGCCCUCUGCCAGCCGGGUGAUCCUCCUGGAGAAUCUGAACCGCUUCUGGCCUGUUAUCCAGAUCCGCAUAAAGCGCUGCCAGCAGGGUGGCAUUGACACCCGGGUUCGGGGUGUGGAAGUCCUGGGCCCCAAGCCCACUUUCUGGCCACUAUUCCGGGAGCAGCUAUGUCGCCGCACGUCUCUCUUCUACACAAUUCGGGCCCAAGCCUGGAGCCGGGAUAUAAAGGAGGACCGCAGACGCCUCCUGCAACUCUGUCCCAGACUGAACAAGGUUUUGUGCCACGAGCAGAAUUUUGCUGAUCGCUUCCUCCCUGAUGAGGAGGCCGCCCAAGCUCUGGGCAAGACCUGCUGGGAAGCCCUGGUCAGCCCCCUGGUGCAGAACAUCACCUCCCCCGAUGCAGAAGGUGUGAGCUCCUUGGGAUGGCUGCUGGAUCAGUACAUAGAACAAAGGGAGAAUUCUCGACGCCCCCUGAGUCGAGCAGCGUCCUUUGCCUCUCGUGUUCGUCGCUUGUGCCACUUGCUGGUACAUGUGGAGCCUCCCCCUGGACCUUCUCCUGAGCCACUGCCUCAGCCCUUCAGCAAGAACAGUAAGGGUCGGGAUCGGAGUCCUGGCCCUUCACCAGUUCUUCUAAGCAGCAGCCUGAGGAACAUCACCCAGUGCUGGCUGAGUGUGGUGCAAGAGCAGGUCAGCAGGUUCCUGGCUGCAGCCUGGAGAGCCCCAGACUUUGUGUCUCGUUACUGUGAACUCUAUGAGCGCUUGCAGACAGCAGGCUCAGAGUUGUUUGGGCCUCGGGCUGCCUUCACACUAGCUUUGUGCAGUGGCUUCUCUGGUGCUUUGCUGCAGCAGUCCUUCCUCACCGCUGCUCAUAUGAGUGAGCAGUUUGCCAGGCACAUCGACCAGCAGAUCCAAGGCAGCCUGAUUGCUGGAGCCCUUGGGGUAGAAAUGCUGGGGCGCCUUCAGCAGCAGCUGGAGCCCUUCAUGGUCCUUUCUGGCCUGGAGCUGGCCACUACUUUUGAGCGCUUCUAUCAGCACUACAUGGCAGACCGACUCCUGGGCAUGGGCCCGAGCUGGCUGGAGGGGGCCGUGCUGGAGCAGAUUGGUCCCUGCUUCCCCAACCGCCUCCCCCAGCAGAUGCUGCAGAGCCUGAACAACUCCGAGGAGCUGCAGCACCAGUUCCACCUCUUCCAGCUCCACCAGCUUGACAAACUGCUUUUGGAGCAAGAGGAUGAGGAGGAACAGAGACUAGAGGAAGAGGCGGAGGAGGAAAAAGAAGAGGAGGCUGAGAAAGAGCUAUUUGCUGAAGAUCCAAGUCCAACAGUUUCUGUACUGGUCCUGUCACCACGCUGCUGGCCAGUUUCCUCACUCUGCUACUUGUACCAUCCCAGAAAGUGCCUUCCCACAGAAUUCUGUGAUGCCCUUGACCGCUUCUCCAACUUCUAUAACCAGAGUCAGAACCAUCCAGUCCUGGACAUGGGACCACAUCGGCGUCUGCAGUGGACAUGGCUGGGCCGGGCUGAGCUGCAGUUUGGGGAUCAGACCCUGCAUGUGUCCACCGUGCAGAUGUGGCUGCUGCUGAAUUUCAAUCAGACGGAGGAGGUGUCAAUAGAGACCUUGCUGAAGAAUUCUGACCUUCCUCCAGAGCUACUGCUCCAGGCACUUCUGCCCCUCACCUCUGAGAAUGGCCCUUUGACCUUGCAUGAGGGUCAGGACUUUUCACCUAAAGGUGUGCUGCGGCUCCGUGAGCCUGGGUCCCGGCCCAGUGAGGAAGCCCUAUGGCUGAUGCCUCCCCAGACAUACCUAAAUGUGGAGAAGGAUGAAGGCCGGACCCUGGAACAGAAGAGGAGCCUCUUGAGUUGUCUUCUUGUCCGUAUUCUCAAAGCCCAUGGGGAAAAGGGACUCCACAUUGACCAGCUGGUUUGCCUGGUGCUGGAGGCCUGGAGGAAGGGUCCGAAUCCCCCCGGAAGCCUGGGCCGCACUGUUUCGGGUUGUGUGACCUGUACCAGUACAGAUGUCUUCUCUUGCAUCCUGCACCUCCUGGGCCAGGGCUAUGUGGAACGGCGUGACGACCGGCCCCAGAUCCUAAUCUAUGCCACCCCAGAGCCCAUGGGGCCCUGCCGGGGCCAGGCAGACAUCCCCUUCUGUGGCACCCAGAGCUCUGAGACCCCCAAGCCCAGCCCAGAGACUGUGGCCGCCCUGGCAUCUCUACAGCUGCCUGCAGGCCGCACCAUGAGCCCCCAGGAGGUGGAAGGGUUGAUGGAGCAGACGGUGCGGCAGGUGCAGGAGACACUGAACCUCGAGCCACACGUGGCUCAGCACCUGCUGGCUCACUCCCACUGGGGUGCCGAACAGCUGCUACAGAGCUACAGUGACAACCCUGAGCCAUUGCUGCUGGCGGCUGGACUGUGUGUCCCCCAGGCCCAGGUCGCUCCCACCCGCCCUGACCACUGUCCUGUCUGCAUCAGCCCCCUGGAGCCCGACGAGGACUUGCCCUCUCUCUGCUGCAUGCACUCCUGCUGCAAGUCUUGCUGGAAUGAGUAUCUGACAACUCGAAUUGAACAGAACCUUGUGCUGAACUGCACCUGCCCCAUCGCCGACUGCCCUGCCCAGCCCACCGGGGCCUUCAUUCGUGCCAUCGUCACCUCUCCAGAGGUCAUCUCCAAGUACGAGAAGGCCCUCCUUCGUGGCUACGUGGAGAGCUGCUCCAACCUGACCUGGUGUACCAACCCUCAGGGCUGUGAUCGCAUCCUGUGCCGCCAAAGCUUGGGCUGUGGGACCGCCUGCUCUAAGUGUGGCUGGGCCUCCUGCUUCAGCUGUAGCUUCCCUGAGGCACACUAUCCCGCCAGCUGUGGUCACAUGUCUCAGUGGGUCGAUGAUGGUGGCUACUACGAUGGAAUGAGUGUGGAGGCCCAGAGCAAACACCUGGCCAAACUCAUCUCCAAGCGCUGUCCCAGCUGUCAGGCUCCCAUUGAGAAGAACGAGGGGUGUCUGCACAUGACCUGUGCCAAAUGUAACCAUGGAUUCUGCUGGCGCUGCCUCAAGUCCUGGAAGCCAAAUCACAAAGACUACUACAACUGCUCUGCCAUGGUCAGCAAAGCUGCUCGCCAGGAGAAGCGGUUCCAGGACUACAAUGAGAGAUGCACCUUCCAUCACCAGGCCCGGGAAUUUGCUGUCAACUUGCGGAACCGGGUAUCUGCCAUCCAUGAGGUGCCCCCGCCGACAUCCUUCACCUUUGUCAAUGAUGCUUGCCGGGGACUUGAGCAGGCUCGAAAGGUGCUGGCCUACACCUGCGUGUACAGCUUCUACAGUCAGGACACCGAGUACAUGGAUGUGGUGGAGCAGCAGACUGAGAACCUGGAGUUGCACACCAACGCCCUGCAGAUCCUCCUCGAGGACACCCUGCUGCGGAGCAGAGACUUGGCGUCCUCGCUGCGCCUGCUGCGGGCAGACUGCCUCAACACAGGCAUGGAGCUGCUGCGGCGCAUCCAGGAGAGGCUGCUCGCCAUCCUGCAGCAUUCCACCCAGGAUUUCCGGGUUGGUCUCCAGAGUCCAUCAAGUUCAGAAGCCAGGGAGGCGAAAGGCUCUAACGUGCCUGGCAGUCAACCCCAGGGCUCCUCGGGGCUGGAGGUGGACGAGGACGAGGAUGAGGACGAGGAUGAGGACGAUGUGCCCGAGUGGCAGCAGGAUGAGUUUGACGAGGAGCUGGACAACGACAGCUUCUCCUACGACGAGGAAUCUGAGAACCUGGACCGAGAGACCUUCUUCUUUGGUGAUGAGGAAGAUGAUGAUGAGGCCUAUGACUGA